AUGAUCGUAAACGCUACAUACUUAGUUUGGCCGGCAAAAGAUAUAGAGGGUGGAAAGCCUUUUUGACAAACACCUAUCUUAAGGAUAAAGAUGGAAACUUUCUUGAAGAGGCACCGGGACGGCCAAAAAAGUAUGAGAUCUUCAUUGGUGAAAAAGAUUGGGCUGAGUUUGUAAAUCAAAGAGAUGAAGAUUUUCGGAAAAGGAGUGCCACGAAUAGUGCGAGAGCAUCCAAACCCGCGUAUCCAUACAAAAAAUGGCGUAUGGGAUAUGCACGCUUAGAGGAUAAACUUUUAGAGGAGUCUAAAAGUGAGGAAACCUCACUUCCUGUACAUGUGUUGUGGAGGGAAGCUCGUGUGGGCAAGAGUCAAGCUGUCGAUCCCGAAGUUCAGAGAGUUUUUACUGAAUGUGAGACCUUGUCGCAAUCGGCAUCCACCGGUGAGGGGAGCGUACUUAGUAGAGCACUAGAUGCUCCUGAGUAUCCCGGUCGGGUGAGGGGUAAGGGUCAUGGUGUGACUCCAAUCUCUUUUUACAAGAGUCCUAGGAGAAGAAAUCCUUCAAAUGAAGAAGUGUUGCAAAAGUUGGCGGAAUUGCAAGCACAAGUCUCUGAAUUGCAAAGAGAUAAAGAAGCGUAUAUGAGAGAAAAGUGCAACACUUCAUCGGUGAAAGAAACUAGUGAUAAGGCUAGUAUCAACUAUCAAAGGAAAUUUCCCGAGGGCAUUUCAUCUUGCCAACUAUACUUAUCGGAACCGAAUUAUCGACUAGUUGGCAAGGGAAAAGUGCACAACACUUUGGGAGAUUUACUUCACCAUAGACCGCUCCCGGAUGGCCACCUGAAAGUAUCGGUGGAUGUUGUAGUAGAUCAUGAUGCGAUGCUACCGGUACCUGACAUGGUCUCAGAGACGACAUUGCUGCGAGAUGCAAUAGGAUCAUUUGUUGCAUGGCCCUCGGAGCUCAUUACCAUUAGUGAUGAGGUAUAUUGAAAACGAUUAUGAAUCAUUUAGUUUUCGAAUGUCAAUUCUAAACUGUUUAUUAAUUAUUUUUUACAUUU